AUGCAUAGUUUCAUUGAGCCUUCGCGAAAUUCCGUUCGAGUUUCCAUCCGCAUCAAGCAGGCAGAUGAGAUCGAGCACAUCCUUGUUCACAAAUUCACUCGAUUCCUCACUCAGCGAGCGGAGUCAUUCUUCAUUCUGCGCAGGAAGCCGGUGGAGGGCUUCGAUAUCUCCUUCCUCAUCACGAACUUCCACACCGAAAAGAUGCUUACUCACAAGCUGAUUGACUUCGUAAUUGAAUUUAUGGAAGAGGUGGACAAGGAGAUCUCGGAGAUGAAGCUCUUCGUAUGUGACAGGUUAUACUAUCUUCGUCCCAAGUCACUAACUCUUUGGUAG